GAACAUGUCAAAACUGAUACAAGAAGUUUAAUGAAUCGACAUAUAAAGCCAAUGGGGAGACUUUUGCCGCACAAUUUUUGUUUACACUUUGAGUCAACCAGGUUGUGAACCCCUUUUUUAUGCAGAAUUUGUGGUAAUAAGGCAGAUUUUUCAGCAAAAACAUUUUAAAAGCUUCACAAUGUCUCUCUGCAACAAAGAAAAUUACAAUAAUGAACUGAACAUCAGAGUUAACAAGAUGGUGCUUUCUCCCAGCAAGUCAAAUAUUAUCCAGAAGGAAAUCAACACAUCUGGAGCACCCAUUCAAGAUGGUGACGAUUACAAGGAGUUUGAUCCUGAGUUAGAGCCUCUACUUCGAGAAAAUCCCAGGAGAUUUGUCAUUUUUCCCAUUGAGUACCCAGAUAUUUGGGAAAAAUACAAGAAAGCCGAAGCAUCAUUCUGGACCACAGAGGAAGUUGAUUUGUCCCAGGACUUGCAACAUUGGGCAAGACUAACGGACAAUGAAAGACACUUUAUUUCGCAUGUGUUGGCCUUUUUUGCUGCUUCCGAUGGUAUUGUUAAUGAAAAUCUUGUCGAAAGGUUCAGUCAAGAGGUUCAGGUUACUGAAGCAAGGUGUUUCUAUGGUUUUCAGAUUGCUAUUGAAAAUAUCCACUCUGAAAUGUACAGUAUGUUAAUUGAGACAUAUAUCAGUGAUCCCAAAGAGAAGGACUUUUUGUUUAAUGCAGUAGAAACUUUGCCUGCUGUGAAAAAGAAGGCUGACUGGGCAAUGAAGUGGAUUAGCUCGAAAACUUCUACUUUCGGUGAAAGGUUGGUGGCUUUUGCUGCAGUUGAGGGUAUUUUCUUCAGUGGGAGCUUUGCAGCUAUCUUUUGGUUGAAAAAAAGGGGACUUAUGCCCGGUUUGACCUUCUCAAAUGAACUAAUUUCAAGAGAUGAAGGUCUACAUUGUGAUUUUGCUUGUUUGCUGUUUUCAUACCUAGUUCAAAAACCUUCAAAAGAAAGGGUGACCAAUAUUAUUAAAGAUGCUGUAGUUAUUGAGCAGGAAUUUUUAUCUGAUGCUCUUCCUGUCAGCUUAAUUGGAAUGAAUUGUAACCUUAUGUGUCAGUAUAUUGAGUUUGUUGCUGACCGGCUUCUUAUGGAACUCGGAUGUGAGAAAAUUUACAGUGUAACAAACCCAUUUGAUUUUAUGAAUAUCAUCUCCACUGAGGGUAAGACGAAUUUCUUUGAAAAAAAAGUUGGAGAGUAUCAGAAGGUUGGAGUUACAGGAAAUGGACAUGAUAAUGUUUUUACUACAGAUGCAGAUUUUUAAUUUUAGUAUAUUUUUUUAAUAUUUUUUUACACUGCUCUACUUUUAUUUAAUUGCACAGAUUUUGAUUUCAUGUUUAUUUUAUAUCAAGUGUAUGUAUAGGUUCCUAAUAUUUUAUUUUAUAAACUUAUAAAAGGGUGAAUGAUGAUAGAAUGUUUGAUGUGUUUCUUAUUGACUAAGAUUAUUUUGUAAAUAUAUAUUUUUUAGUUUAGUGCACUUCAAUAAAAAUCUACUAUAUAAAAG